AUUUAUUAUUAUUUUUUCCCAAUAAUUCUCAAAAUGCGUUUGGCUUGGUUGCUGGCUGUGCUUUUGUUGGUUGGCCUCGUCGCUAGCCCUUUCGUCGUUGUUCGCGCUCAGGACGUUGAAGAUGAGACCGUCGUCGAAGGCGAGUCCGAUGGCAUUGUUGACAUCCCCGAUGUUAACUUCUCGGAAGAGGAGUUCCGCAUUGCUGGCCCUUCCCCCGACGUCAAGACUACCAUUCUGUUUACCGAAACUCAAGACAACGAAUUCCCCGGCGGCGAGAUUGUUCGCGCUCUCAUCGGCGUCUCCAACACUGGCCUGAACGACAUUACCGUCAUUGGCGUUGUUGGCCAGUUCCGUCACCCCCAGGAUCUCAAGCACAUCAACCAGAACUUCACCGCCAAGGAGCUCGGCGUCAACGUCGUUGCCCAGACCCAGGCCUCGUUCGAGUAUGUCUUCCGUCCCGAGUACGAGGCUCGCUCGCACUUCCUCAUCCUGAACAUCUACUACAACGACACGACUGGUGCCGAGUACGUCGACUCUGUCUUCAACAGCACUGUCACCGUCAUUGAGGCCGACGAGCCCUUCCAAAUCGAGACUCUGUACACCAUUGUCACCCUGAUUGCCCUCAUUGGCGGCGGUGGUUUCUUCGCGUACCAGCAGCUUGCCCCUCAAUCGGCCAAGAAGACCAAGAAGGUCACGGCUAUCGAGACUGGCACUUCCAGCUCUGGCAGCAACGAAUGGCUUUCCAACUUGAACACACAGCCAGUCGGCAAGAAGGUUCGCAAGUAAAAAAACAAAACAAGGAAAGUUUUAACGCAGCUUCCCCCCCAACCCAACCCCCCCUGUUUUUUUAUUCCUUGCAGCGAAAGCUAAGGCAACCCAUGAUUGCAUUCAGUUGUCAAGAAUACACCAAACGUCUUUUCUA